AUGUCCGCCUUCUACGAGCAGAACCAAGCAGCUGCUGCCACUGGUGCAUGGCCCGCACCUGGUCGCCAGCCCUCGUGGGAACAGCCUGCCCCUCCUUCGAGAUCCGGAACCGCUUCCGCAUCGAGAGAUGAGUCGACCGCAUUCAGCUCCCAAUUCGAAGAGAUUGAGCGUGCCACCGACAACCUUGCCAAGAGCGGCAAGUGGAUGGCUGGUGGAACACCCCAAUACAACAGCCGUCGCGAGUCGAUGCCCCCGGUCAUGAUGGGCCGUGGCUUCAACGCUGAAUAUUCCGGAUCCAAGUCCAACUCCCCCGCCGACGGUCGCGCCAGCGGACCUGGACAGGCCCGCCACCCCUCGGUCAGUGAAUACGACGGUAUGCGAUCGAACUCGGCAGCAGGCCUCCAAGGCUACUAUGCGUCGCAGCGCUUUGCACCACGUCAGAAUGAGGCAGAGCAGAUGAUGCAGGCCAAGCGAAGGAUGGCUGCGCAAAGAGAGAGGGAGCUUCGCAACUAUCACCAGGAGCAGCAAUACAACAGGAACACUUCCGCCCAAGGCCCCAAGCCCGACCGCGCUCUGAGCCCUGCUGCUGCUACAACCAUGAGUGAAGACGAACGCCGCGAUCUCAUUGCCCGCCAGCACCGCGCCCUCUACGGCAACGAAUCUGCCCUGUAUCCCAACCCGGAGGCCGCUGCUGCCGCCGCUGUUGCUGCCCGCCGUGCCUCGCAGGACGUCAGGGGUUCCAUCUCCGGUGAUGCCAGAGCUUCUAUCUCCGGCGCUUCCAGGGGCGGUGCGUCGCCAUUGGCUUUCGACCCUUUCCACGGUGAGCCUGCUGUCCAGAUGCCCCCUCGCGAUGGCGUAAUGCUCCCCAAGUCGCCAAACAGCGCUUCAUCUCCUCAGUCGAACCCUACCACCUUCGGCAGUCUGAUGGGUGAGACUCAACAGUCUAGUCGUACUUCGGUUUCUUCGCCCAGCGGCUCUCCCCCUCUUGGCCAAGGUCACAAAGGCGCCGCAGCUGCUCCUAUCGGUACCCGUCCUGCACCCAAUGCUGCACAGGCCACUGGUCUGAACAAGCGUUCGACUACGCCCCUUCCCUCGCCCCUCAGCUUCGGCUACAAUGCCAACGAGCAGGCCAGAAACGAGCGUUCAACAUCUGCUGGUCCCAAUGGCUCCGUAGCCGACAAGGGUGUCAGCCUUGGUUCUUGGGGUUCCAACAGCGGAGUUUGGGGCUCUGCUAAGAACAGCCUUGGGGUUCAGGCUCCUGUCUGGGGCUAG